AUGCGACCCAGCUUUUACUACUUCCCAUCAACGUAUCUCAACUCGCUCAACCCGAUUAAAACACAAGAACAAACAGCGCCCACAAUUGUCAGAAAAUCCCACGAAAAAGGUGUCGCCUUCCCGCGAUUAUCGAUCAUCGACACACCAAUAAAUAAUUCCCUCCGACAACCACAAGUACGCCGCACAUCCGUCUACUCAUCAGUAGGCCCGCUCUCUGUGUCUCCUAAAGAGAAGACGGAAAAUACCGUUGUCGUCAAGAAUGUGCCCCUCCCAGCACUCGGUAGGGUUUCGGAAGAACUUCGAAAAAAUGGGAGAAUCGAGGCGCUUAACCAACUCCCCAACGGUGAUGUUCGUGUUGUCUUCAACACAUCAGAAAGUGCCCGAAAAGCGAUCUCAUGUGGUCUUGUUUCUACUAGUAACACCGACUUCCACGUGAAUGGAAUCAACACCUUCGGUGAGGAGUAUGGUUGUGGUGAUGUCAUACAGUUCACUGCAAGGAAGAACUUCUCUUUCUGGGAGUUCAUCUUAUCUCUCUUUGGAUUGAAUUAA